AAACAUGACAAAUAAACAGUAAACGUAUAUGAAGGCCAACUAACGUAACUUAUUAAUAUAUUUUGAAUCUUGAAAUAAUUUUAUUAUUAGUUAUUAGUUUUAAAAAAUCCUCUUGAAAUAUUCUACAUUUACUCAAUAUGGACACCAUCACCCCAUUUAAUGACAUUAUCAUGGGGAAAGCUAGAACUGCAGGCGAUGGUAUGGAAUCGGAAGAAAAAGUCACAGAAACAAAGCAAAAAGUUGAUGUUAAGCCUAUUAAAAUAUUGAAAAAAAAAGAAUCGCUCUCAGGGGGACGACUCGUCCAAGUAUACCCAACGAAAUUUUUUUCAACAGAAAAAAAAACACACAUUUACUCCAAAAACCCAAAAUUUGUGCCAUAUGAGCCUUAUCCUGCAGCUGUUAAACCAAUGAACCCAAAGACAGUAUCAAAAAGCACAAAAAAAUCAAGAAACCAUAUGGAUAUAAACACACUAGUGUCUCAGAUGUCUCAAAUGAACACUAAUUUAAAUGAGUUUAAGCCAAGAUUGAAGCAAAUAACAACCAGUGACAAAACAGCUGAUCAAAAUAAAACACAUGAUGAUGAAAUGCAGAAAAAAAUUGAUGCAUUGACAAAAGAGAAUGAGAGUUUGAAUGAACAGCUAAAACAGCAAGUACAGGUAAAUAAGGAAUUGAAAACUAUGCUGGUAGCAUCAAUGGGAGAGGAUUUGGAGACACAAGUGCAAUCAUUAAAUGAAGAUAAGAAGCACUUGGCCAAUGCCCUAAUUAACUCAGCCCAACACCUAUCUACACAUCAGGAACAGACUGAAUGGCUUGCUGGUCAGUGUGAAGUGUGGAGAAGCAAAUUCUUAGCCAGCAGUUUACUCAUUGAAGAGUUAGCCGCGUGCAAGAAGAUUCUCAAUGAGAAAACCGCUAAUUUACAACAAGCAAUCAAACAACUACUUGAUGAACGGUGCAGGGUGAGGGACAUGAUGAUGUGUACAUAUAAGAACUUGUACAGCCUCCAUGAAAGGUGGUUAGAGAAUAUAGCAGCAUCAGAAUAUAUGGGCAGUAAGAAGUUGUGCAAUCGACCAAUCGGCAAUCUAAACUUCAGUGCAACUAUUCCUCAUUCAACAAAUGUAUUAGAUGUGGCGUUAGUGAACAUGAAAUUGGCUGAAAAUAUAAGCAGUGAUGUUUGUAAGCAGGAUAUUGGACAUUUGGAUAAUCUAUCCAGUAUUACCGAUGCAGAGAAAUUUGCAGAACAGGUUAUGGCAAUGCCAAUAGACGUGAAGAGACUGAACGAAGAACCAGUGAAUGCGCUCGUGCACCACGCGUACAGUAACAGCGGCAACGUCGCACCGCCAGUCGCUUCGUGCGUACAUUGUAACGGGAAAGUGCAGUUAUUGUAAUGUCUUUAAAAUUAUUGUAAAUAAUACAUUCAAUUGUGUAAAUAUAUCAAUAAACUUAUGUGGCUUUAAAACAAUUAGAACCAACUCCGACUUUACAUGUGUAAAUUUGAAAUUUUUACUUUAUAGUACUAGUAUGAAUCGUUUCUGUAAUACGCGCCAAACCACUUCAACUUAACUUGUUUACAAAUUUACUAAAUUCCUCUACUAACAAGUGUGCUGUACAGUACUGGAUCUAUUACAAAAUUUUUAAAAAGCUCCAUAUCGUUUAUAUUUCGAUUUAAUACUGUGAUGUUCUACCUACCAGUUAAAUUUUCUUUUGUAACAUUAUUAUAUAUAAUAUUAAGUAUAUUAAUGUUAAGUCGCAUCGCAAGUUUGUUUGUUAGUUACAGAAUUACAUCAAUACAUAUAUUUACUAAAAACCUUUUUACGGCAGACACUAAAUAGCCGAUACCUACCAAAUUUGAUAAACCAUGGAACAUAUACCUUUAAAUAUUAUGUAUUAAACAUUGCUUAAGUUGAGAAAUGCAAUACUACAAAAUCUUUAUACUGUACUAUUCGUAUAUUAUUAUACGAAGUGUCUUUCCUUACCAA